AUGGAUAUAAAAGCCCUUCAUCUAAAAGUUCAAGAGAUGAGACAAUCUUUCUUUGACGAGGGGUACCUUGAUUGUCAGUAUACUCAGAUAGAAGCAUUGGAGAAAGACUCAACCCCUUAUUUUAUUGUAGAAAUUAUAACUCUCUACUUCAGAGAUUCCCCUAAUGUUAUUGCGGCUUUGGAACAUGAACUAUGCACAACUGCAAGAUCUAGGGCACAACUCUACGUAAAGGAGCGAGAGCCAGUAGAGCUAACCAAGAUUACCAAAUGCAUUAAUCGCAUCGGCGCCAUCAAAGUUAACAGUGAACUUGAGAAGGCAAACGCACUUCUCAAAUCUGGCAACAUAAAAGAAAUGAGAGCAGUGGUGCGUGAUAUUAAGAGGGAGCACAGUGAACUCCGCGCAAAGUUUGAGACAUAUUUUCAGUUGAUGAGACAAGCUGGUCCUACAGAACAAGCUGUGAACUCAAGCUAA